UUAAUUUUACCGGAAGCCAUUUAUUCAACCAAUUAUAGACAGUCUCUUGGGCGUGUAAGAGUUACAUUGAAGAAAACAACUGCUGGACACUUUAUUGGUAAUUUUAAACGUUUUAAAAAGGAGUCAAAAUGGCACAAAAUGCCUUGGAACACCAGUUGCUUGAGGCAACACGGAUCAUGGAGCAGCAAGUGGAUGCUGAGAUAGAGAAGUUAGAUCGUAUGGAUGAUGACGACUUUGACAAACUUCGUGAGAGGAGACUGGAAGCCAUGAGGCAAGCUCAGAAACAGAAACAAGAACUGCUGGCCAAAGGUCACGGCAAAUACUAUGAAAUAGCCACAGAAAAAGAUUUCUUUGACGAGUGCAAAAGGAGCAAGAAAGUGGUGUGUCAUUUUUACAGGGACAGUACAUUUAGAUGCAAAAUUGUGGACAAACACUUAGAAAUAUUGGCUCCCAAGCACGUGGAAACCAAAUUUAUUAAGAUUAAUGCUGAAAAAUGUCCAUUUUUAGUAGAAAGGCUUAGAAUUGUUGUGAUGCCUACAAUUUGCGUUGCUAUGGAUGGCAAAACUACGGACUAUAUUGUGGGUUUUGAUGAUCUGGGGGGAGUGGAUGACUUUCCCACAGAGAUGCUGGAAUGGAGGUUGGGUCGUGCUCAGGCCAUCAGUUACCAAGGGGAUCUAUUGAAUCCUCCAGAGAUAGGGGAGAAGAAAGGGGGGAUUUUAGGAUUCAGUAAAACCAAGAAAACCAUCAAAGGACGGGACGAUGAUGCUAGCAGUGAUGAAGAUGAUUGGUGAACAUUGUGUUCUAUUGUCGCUUAUUGAGAAAUGACAUUUUCAUAUUUAUUUCAUGCAUUAACAGACAUUUAUUUGGCAAAAAUUUGCAGUACCAAAUCAUUCAGUUAAUAAAUGUAUGUUAAGCUGU